GUAUGUUUGACAUCCUUGGUCUAUACUAUAAUGUGUGACACACAGUGACAUGCAGGGCAUCACAUUUAAUUAUUAUUAAGAUACUAAUAUAAUAAUCUUGUAUUAAUUUAAAUCAGCUUUUAUUUUGAAACACUAAACAUUCUCAUAGAAAAAUCUGUGACGAUAACAGGUAUUUCUCUUGAUUUUAUCGAUAAAAACGUGUCAGUUUAUAAAGACAUCCGGCAGUUGAGUUUAAACGUGUUUUAGUUUGGUUAAAAUCAGGGCGAAAAAAAACAUGAACGACAUAAGGAAUUACUUUUUAAUAUUUGUAGUUUUUCAUUUUUCAGGUGAAAUUCCUGCGGAGAAAAUCUGUCUACGUUUCCGUUUUCCUUCUUUCCUCAGAAUAUAAUUCCAUCAACAUUUGUAUUUGGGGUUUUCUAGUCUGGCCCGUCACCUUGACAACAUUGGCCCAAUGACGACGCGGAUUCGAACUAGGCCAGCCAACCAGGGAUCGACCAAUCACCGCCGACCAAUCAAAGGCCGGCUCCAGCAGCGUGUCAUUUCUGCCCCGCUUCCAACCUGCACCCUGUUUUUGUUUGUCUGUCUGCGCAGCAGCGAUGAAAGCCCGGACUCAUUUACUGAUGCUGCUGCUGAUGCUGAUGCUGAUGCUCGGUACAAACGCAGGGAAUCUGCUGUGACCUUCCGCUCCUCCCGCAGAGGAGGAGGCGCGGGCGCGGAGCAGGACUGACAGGGAGCAGCGACAGGAGUCCGGAACCAGGAGCUGCUGCUGGAUGAGAGUCUGACUUGGCAUUUUCUCCCCGGUGACAGAGACUCGAGUCUCCACGCCUCACCCUCCUCCCCCUCUUCCUCCUCUUCAUCCCCUGCUUCUCCAUCACUCCUCCUCCUCCUCUGACCAUGGCCCUGGUGACACUGCAGCGCUCCCCCACUCCUAGUGCAGCAUCCUCGGCCAGCACCGCCAACAGCAGCGCGGGGGAGGAUUUUGGAAGUGAUGAUGACCGGAAAACUAACCAAAGCCUCAGUGAGAGCUUCUUCAUGGUCAAAGGUGCGGCCCUCUUCCUCCAGCAGGGCGGCACUGCACAGGAACCCAAGACACCGACACACCACAAACAUGCAGGGGAUUUACCUCAGCACCUGCAGGUCAUGUUCAAGAUCCUCCGUUUUGAAGACCGCAUCAAACUGGCCGUGCGUUUAGAGAGCGGCUGGUCGGACCGCAUACGCUACAUGGUUGUGAUCUACACCAACGGUCAUCAAGACACAGAGGAAAAUAUCGUGGUGGGAAUGGACUUUACAGAUAAGGACAGUAAAAACUGCUCCAUUGGGAUGGUGCUGCCGCUGUGGAGCGACACCAACAUCCAUUUAGAUGGAGAUGGAGGUUUCAGCGUGAACACAGCGGGGAGGUCACAUGUCUUCAAGCCUGUCUCUGUACAGGCCAUGUGGUCGGCACUGCAGGUCCUCCACAAAGCAUGUGAGGUGUCGCGUCGAUUCAACUACUUCCCAGGGGGCAUUGCUCUCACCUGGAUUUCUUUCUACGAGAGCUGCAUCACGUCGGAGCAAAGCUUCAUCAACGAGUGGAACACCAUGACCGACCUGGAGACCACGCGGCCUGAUUCACCCACCAUGUUUGUGGACCGGCCGACCGAGCGAGAGAGAACGGAGUGUCUCGUUAAGGCCAAGCUACGCAACAUCAUGACGUUUCAGGACCUGGAGAACAUCACGUCCAAGGAGAUCCGUAACAAGCUGGAGCAGCACAUGAGCUGUAACCUGAAAGAGUACAAAGAGUUCAUAGACAACGAGAUGCUGCUGAUCCUGGGCCAGAUGGACAAGGCCACCCCUAUCUUUGACCACCUCUACUUGGGCUCUGAGUGGAACGCUUCGAAUCUGGAAGAGCUGCGAGACUGUGGCGUGGGCUACAUCCUGAACGUAACCAGAGAGAUCGACAACUUCUUUCCAGGAAUGUUUUCCUAUCACAACGUGCGCGUCUACGACGAGGACGACACCGACCUGCUGUCCCACUGGAACGACACCUACAACUUUAUCGUCAAAGCCAGGAAGAAAAGUUCCAAAUGCCUGGUGCACUGUAAGAUGGGGGUGAGCCGCUCUGCCUCCACGGUCAUCGCGUACGCCAUGAAAGAGUACGGCUGGUCUCUGGAGAAGGCCUACAACUUUGUCAAGCAGAAACGCAGCAUAGCUCAACCAAACACCGCCUUCAUGAGACAGUUGGCUGAGUACGAGGGAAUCCUGGACGCCAGUAAACAGCGUCACAACAAGCUGUGGAGGCCUGAGACAGACGAGGAGGGGUCAGAUGAUCUGCGGGCGUCUGGUCACAGCACUGGUGGAGAGGAGACGCCGGUGUCCAGAGAGGACGAAGCCUGGGGGGGCUGUGACGCCUCUCCCUGCAGGAUGGGUCUGGAGAUGGAACCGCUGGACUGUCUGAACUACAACUACUACUUCAGACGUCUGUCCGACUCCGCUCUGGACAGUGAGCCCUCCACCCCGGUGCGUGGACCCCCCCUGCUGGGUAUGGAGAGAGUUUUCAUUGAGAUCGAAGACGUGGAGAGGGACGCCCUGUUGGAGGACGAAGGCUUCCCCAUGGCACAUUUAGCACUUCCUGGUGAGGGAACGGCCGCUCAGACCUGCGGACGCCUCGACCCCCUGGAGGACAUGAGGCUGAGACUGGAGUUCAGUACGCUGGAGGAGGAGGACGAGGAGGAGGCCAAGAAAGAGGAAGCAGAGAUGGCGGCUUUGGCCCAGACUCCCGGAGGUUCAGAUGGUAGGAGGACGGGGGAGGAGGCUGAGGGGACGGAGGAGAGUCGGCUGGGCCUGGCAAACCUGAACACCAACAACAGCAACCGUCUCGCUGCGAAGCGCAGCUGUCCAGCAGCCUUUGACGACAGCGCCACCACAGGAAACCCCUUGAAAGUGAAGCCCUCCUACCAGUCCUGUAAAGACUGCCUUCGUCUGCCACAGGGUCGGCGCUGCGAGCGUCCAGCAGGGGGCCGUUCCCACCGCUUCAACCCCUCUCGUCACUGCACUGUUCCGUCCAUUUGCAUCGAUCCACCCGGGACCAACUUUGCUUCCACUCCGCUCCUGCCUGCAGUUGUCCCAAACACUCUGGUCCAGCCCAGUACUCACCCACUGUACCACUGUGCCACGUGUGGCCCAGGUGUCCCCUCUGUACCGUUAGACGGCUCCCAGAAACUGGUGUCACCCAUGAGCUGCGAGGAGACUCCGUCAGGCUGUGGCUCAGUGGAGGCAGAGGACAUGGACCAACCGCAGGCGGACAAUUCAGACCUGCACGUUUUAGGAGGAGGUUCAGGGGCCACCGGAGCUGCCACUGAGGAAGUGGAGCUCCCGGUUCCAGGUCUGGGGGUAGAUUUUAGUCUGGAACUGAUGCAAAGUUUGGAUAAUUAGUCCUGGGGUCUGGUGGGGAGACGUGAAGAAGGAGGAGGACGGGGGAGGAAGAGGAGGUUGAGGAAGAUGGCCGUCAGAUGACUGUGGUGGACACCUCCAUGUCCAGGUUCUAGGUUCUACUGUAAUGAACUGACACCAGAGGGUUUCUCUGGUUCUCUUCUAGUCCAGUGGAUCAGACUGUGGCCCGUUCUUCUUCCGCAACGUCACUUUGAGGAUCGAGGAUCUUCACACUGAAGUCUCACCCCCUCCUCAGAGAGGUUGGGUGUGGUUCCUCCCAGAUCUACCUGUGGGUUUUCUGUCUGGUUCUGACUCAUGAAGACUCUGAGAGCAGCUGGACGAAGGUCGGAGGUUUUUCAGUCAGUGUGUCCUCGUGUUAGCACAGAAAAACAAAUCACUUUUGUCAGCCUGGCUUUCUUUGUUCUCGCUGCUGCAGCUGCUUCUGCAUCAUAACAGGUGACUUUUUUUUCAAAAAACUGAAGCGUUCUUAUUUUUGUAUCUACAUACACGAAGCAUGGUACCGAUCUGUAGCUUGGACUAUUUUGGUCCUGUGUUGUUUUCAGUGGCUGGUUCAUACUGACCUUAGACAACAUGUGGCGCUAGUUUCACUACGGUUACGGCACAUGUCCUUAUCAUGCUAUGGCACAAAAACAAUCCUCAGAAGUCUAGAAACAUAUAUUAUAUUUAUUAUUAUUGUUAUUGUUGUUCUAUUUAGAGCAGUGUUUUCCAACCUUCUCAAACCAAGGCACAUAUUUCACAUUAGUAAAAUCUCCUCAAAAGGAAUGAAAUAUAAUGAUCUUUUAGUUCCAAUUUACUCAGAAUUUACUUUUACUUGAGCUCAGCCUGUUUAGUUGAACACAACACUGAUGUACACGCAGGAAAUUUAAGAAAGUCACGAAGCAAUUUUUUCUUCCAUUUCUUUUUCUGUUUUUGUUUCCAGAGCUGCUGCUACCUAGUGGUAGAGUAUAUUAUUACUGUCCCUGUCUCCAUGUUCAGUUACCCAGGUUUUAUUUCCAGAGGCUGUGAUGAUAAUGUUUGAGUUAAGAUUUCAUUUUAAGCACACUAAUAUUUAAAAAGGCACAUCCGUCAUGUACAGUUCCAGCCACACGCACAACUCUGCAGUAGUAUCCGUUCACACAAUACAUGGCACAUUUCACUUUUAAAGUUCUGACAACUUUACCUACACAGAAAAAGUAACAGUUGAGCAGCCAGAAAACUGUUCUUAUUGUUUGUCCGAAUGAUCGAAAUGUAACAAUUAUACAGUAGAAAAAAAUCACAGGAAAGUUUCUCACCAGCACCCACUAGUGAUUAAUGUUGGUUACAGCCUUUUCAUGUCCUGUU